CUGCAGCCGGCCGGAAGCCGAUACGGGCCUGUUGAUUUGUUUUUGUAUUGUUGUUGUUUUCAGUAGUGUUGACAUUUCGUGGUCUGUGUGCUCGGUGCAGAGGGAGUUACAGGGCGGAUAAGUGCGGUGAUUUUCCCAGGCUUCGUGUCGAAGCUGUCCCGCUGGCCAGCCAAGUUGGCCAGCUUCUUCCCAACUCAGUCGAAUCCAUGCAGUGUUCGUGUCCCUUGAGAUAUGGGUGUACCAAGGCGCACUGUAGUCAAAAUCCGUCCGUCCCAUCCAGAACUUGGCGUAAUGUUACCAAACCCCCCAGCUGACCUCAGGACUUCACCUGCCAGAGUGUGGUCAGGAAUAUGCACUGUAAUCAAAUAUGUGGUCUUCUUUUGUCUUGGCAUGGUAGUUGGUGCUGUGUUCCUUCAGAGUGAUAAUGUUCAGAAGGGAUGUUUUGAAAGCAUGGUUGCUGUUGGCUUCAGUACCCAUCGUAGCCGUGAGAUUUGCUACAAAAACCAACCCAGUUAUUCUAAUGGUCCCCUGACUAGAUUUGACUGCAUGCCUCGCAAUGCCAAUGCGCAAGAUUGUAAAAAGAGAGGAUGCCUUUGGGAUGAAUCAGUCCAGAAUGUGCCAUAUUGCUACUACCCAGAUAAAUAUGGGUCUUAUUCUAACAUGAAUGUGACUGCUCAAAAUGGCAAGAUUAGUGCCUUCAUGCAGAGAAAAAUUAAGUCUCAAUAUCCUGAAGAUAUUGAUCUUCUCCAAUUUGAGGCUUGCUCUGAAACGGAAUCCAGACUACACAUAAAGAUAACAGAUGCAAAGAGAGAUCGAUAUGAACCCCAUUACCCUGAAGUGCCCCAAGUUCAAUGCAAAUCAUUUGAGAAGAGUAAGUUUCAGGUCAAAAUAUCUGAAAAUAAAAUGGGCUUCAAAGUUCUACGUUCACCAAACAAUGUCAUAUUUGAUUCUGAGGACAUUGGUGCUCUGAUUUAUGCCAAUCAGUUUCUGCAAGUGACUGCAAGAUUUCCCUCAGGGUCUCUUCUCUAUGGCAUUGGGGAACGUCAAAGCCCCAUGAAUAUCAAAACAUCAACUUACCAAUCAUUCACUCUCUGGAAUCGUGAUGUAGCUCCCACUGACAAGGUAAACUUGUAUGGAAGCCACCCUUUCUUGCUGAUUAGAGACAAAUUUGAUGGAACAAAAUCAAAGUGGCAUGGUCUUUUCCUGCUGAACAGCAAUGCAAUGGACAUUAUUACACAGCCAGGACCAUCAAUCACCUUCAGAACUAUUGGUGGUAUAUUGGAUUUUUAUUGGUUUAUGGGAGAUACCCCUAGCCAAGUAACUGAGCAGUACCUUGAAGUAGUUGGACUUCCACGCAUGCCACCAUAUUGGGCUCUAGGUUUUCAUCUUUGCAAGUUUGGUUACGGAUCACUUGAAAAAACCAUUCAAGUUUGGAACCGAACUCGGUCAGCAGAUAUUCCUUUUGAUGUACAAUGGAAUGACUUGGAUUACAUGGAUAGGAACAAUGACUUUACAAUUGGACCAAAAUUCAGCAAGCUCUCUGAUUUUGUUGACAUGCUUCAUUCGAUUGGCAUGCAUUACAUACCUCUCAUUGAUCCUGGAGUAAGCGCUGGAGAAAAGGCAGGUCAAUAUGAGCCUUAUGACUAUGGUCUUGAACUUGGCAUUUUUGUCAACGAUGAAAAGAAUAAGCCAUUUGUUGGAAAGGUGUGGAAUGGUAUUUCAACUGUUUGGCCUGAUUUUACAAACCCAAAAACUCUUGACUAUUGGACACUGAUGCUACAAAAACUACAUCGUCAAGUACCAUUUGAUGGGGCAUGGAUUGAUAUGAAUGAACCAUCUAAUUUCUACAGUGGUACAAUUAAAGGCUGCCCCAAGAAUUCUCUUAACUAUCCUCCAUAUGUACCAAAUGUCAUUGGUGGCCAACUUUUUAGCAAAACCCUCUGUCCAUCUGCUAAACAUUACAGUGGUUCACACUAUGACCUCCACAACAUGUACGGCAUUUCUGAAGCUGUUUUUACUAGCUUUGCAUUGAUGAAGAUUCGCAAUGAAAAAAGGCCAGUAACCAUUUCUCGCUCCACAUUCCCUGGCCAUGGUCACUUUGCCUCUCACUGGACUGGUGAUGUUUUCUCAACUUGGAGUGACAUGAAACUCAGUGUGGCACAAACCUUGAACUUCAACAUGUUUGGUAUCCCUUUUGUGGGAGCUGAUAUUUGUGGUUUCAAUGGCAAUACCACUGCCGAAUUAUGUGCCCGAUGGAGUCAGCUUGGUGCAUUUUACCCAUUUUCUCGGAACCACAAUUCAGAUGACACUAUUGAACAAGAUCCUGUUUCUCUUGGACCAAGUGUGGUAAAUGCUGCCAGGAAAGCACUGAGAAUUCGUUACAGUCUUUUGCCAUACUUAUAUUCUCUAUUUUAUGAUGCUCACAAACGUGGUACCACUGUUGCACGUCCACUAUUUUAUGAAUUUCCGAAUGAUGGCAAUACCCAUCUCCUUGAGACUGAGUUCAUGUGGGGCUCUUGUAUUUUGAUUGUGCCAGUAUUGGAUGAGGGUAAAACUAGUGUAGAUGGAUAUUUCCCGGCUGGCAUUUGGUAUGACUGGAAUACUAAUAAGACUGUGAGAGCUCUGAAACCAUUGACACAAACAAUUAAUGCUCCACUAGAUGUAAUUCCUCUCUUUGCAAGAGGUGGAUGUAUUCUACCUUCACAAGUGCCAAAAGCCACAACAACAGAGAGUCGCCUGACUCCAUUGACUCUAAGAGCUUACUUAGAUGUGAAUGGUAUUGGUUCUGGAAAAGCAUACUUUGAUGAUGGAGACUAUGUUUAUUCUAUUGAUGAGGGAAAAUAUUCUUUGAUAAACUUCACUGUUACGGAGAAAACAUUCACCAGCAGGGUAGUGAAGUCUGGUUUUCCUGCAGUACCACCAUUAAAAACAGUAUUAAUACAUGGAGAGUGUGGAAAAGUUUCAGGCGUAACUGUAAACGGCCAAAAAUGGAGUAAUUUCAACUUUGAUACGUCAUCAUGUAUUUUAAGUAUUGAGGUAGACCUCAACCUCCUGGAGGAAAUAAAAUUAACUUGGCAUACCAGCAGUAUGGAGAACUAGCUGGAAACUUAAUCUAGUAACUUUAAUAGACUGAUUUAUUCUUUUUUUUAGUUUGUCUUUCUAAGCCAAAGCUUUUAAUAUUUGUGGCCAUGCUCAAAGUGCGAGAUUUAAAAAAAUGUAAUACCAAAAACAAAACUGUAAUGAAACUUUUUCAUUAUUGUGUAAAAUGACUUAUCAAAUUGAUUUGAGAUGUCAUGUCAAUUUGACAAGCCAUUUGCUUUUUAUAUUAUUAUUUUUUGUUGAAGUUAGAUAUGAUUUAAACAAAUUUUUUGGAUUAAUGGCUUAAAGAAAUUCUUAUAUUUUGCUCUUACGUUGGAUGUACUUAAGAUAAGCAAUUAUCCUGUAUUAUCCCCAAUGUUUAAAGAGCUGUGUCAUUAUGACUGAUUCUCCUUAGUCUAUUCAUAAUUUUCUCUAAAAAUUAGAAAUUAAGAAUGUGUUGUAAAUAAAUGAUUUAUUGUACUAAUUACUUCAUUAAAUGUUAUUCCAAAAAAUAA